ACCACCAAGAUGGCCGACGCUAUGGAGGAAUAUGAGAAAGAAGCUGGCUGCGUCCCUAUUCUCCAUCCCGAGGAAAUCAAACCUCAGAGUCAUUACAACCACGGCUACACCGAGACUGUCAGCCGUAAAAACCAUGUUGACGACUACAGCACCUGGGACAUCGUCAAAGCCACACAGUACGGCAUCUUCGAGCGCUGCAGGGAGUUGGUGGAGGCGGGGUUCGAUGUUAGACAGCCAGACAAAGAAAACGUAACGCUCCUCCACUGGGCCGCCAUCAACAACAGGAUAGACUUAGUCAAGUACUACAUAUCAAAGGGAGCCAUAGUGGACCAGCUGGGAGGAGACCUGAACUCCACACCUCUGCACUGGGCCACCAGACAAGGCCAUCUAUCCAUGGUGGUGCAGCUCAUGAAAUACGGCGCAGACCCGUCUUUGAUCGACGGCGAGGGAUGCAGCUGCGGUCAUCUGGCCGCCCAGUUUGGCCACACCUCCAUCGUGGCCUACCUAAUCGCCAAAGGACAGGACGUGGACAUGAUGGACCAGAACGGCAUGACUCCUCUGAUGUGGGCGGCUUACAGGACGCACAGUGUGGAUCCAACCCGGCUGCUCCUGACCUUCAAUGUUUCUGUCAAUCUGGGCGACAAAUAUCACAAGAACACAGCGCUGCACUGGGCCGUACUGGCUGGUAACACCACUGUUAUCAGCCUGCUACUGGAUGCUAAUGCUAACGUCGAUGCACAGAACAUCAAGGGUGAAACCCCGUUAGAUCUCGCCAAGCAGAGGAAGAACGUUUGGAUGAUCAAUCACUUACAGGAGGCACGGCAGGCCAAAGGCUACGACAGCCCGUCCUACCUGAAGAGACUUAAGAUGGACAAGGAGUUCAGGCAGAAGGUGAUGCUGGGAACGCCCUUCCUGGUCAUCUGGCUCGUUGGAUUCAUCGCUGACCUGGACAUCGACUCCUGGCUGAUCAAGGGCCUCAUGUACGCCGGUGUCUGGAUCGCCGUGCAGUUCCUCUCCAAGGCUUUCUUCGACCACUCCAUGCACAGCGCUCUCCCUCUGGGGAUCUACCUGGCCACCAAGUUCUGGAUGUACACCACCUGGUUCUACUGGUUCUGGAACGAUCUCCCCUUCGCCACCGUCCACGUCCCCUUCCUGAUCAACACGCUGGCUCUCUUCUACAACUUCGGCAAAUCCUGGAAGUCUGACCCGGGAAUCAUCAAAGCGUCAGAGGAGCAGAAGAAAAAGACGAUUGUGGAGCUGGCAGAGACAGGCAGCCUGGAUCUGAGCAUAUUCUGCAGCACCUGCUUGAUACGGAAGCCCAUCAGGUCCAAACACUGCGCAGUGUGUAACCGCUGCAUCGCAAAGUUCGACCACCACUGUCCCUGGGUGGGCAACUGUGUCGGAAGUGGGAACCAUCGUUACUUCAUGGGUUAUCUCUUCUUCCUGCUCUGCAUGAUCUGCUGGAUGAUCUACGGCUGCAUUUCCUACUGGAGGAUCCACUGUGCCACCAGUUAUGCGAAGGACGGUUUCUGGCUCUACCUGACCCAGAUCGCCUCCUGCUCUCCCUGGAUGUUCUGGAUGUUCCUCAACAGCAUUUUCCACUUCAUGUGGGUGGCCGUGCUCAUCAUGUGUCAGCUCUACCAGAUCGCAGCUCUGGGAAUCACCACCAAUGAAAGGAUGAACGCUCGGAGAUACAAGCACUUUAAAGUCACAGCCACGUCCAUCGAAAGCCCCUUCAACCACGGCUGCUUCAGAAACCUCAUCGAUUUCUUCGAGAUCCGCUGCUGCGGCCUGAUGCGGCCCGUGGCGGUGGACUGGACCACGCAGUACACAGUGGAAUACGACCAGACGUCUGGCUCGGGCUACCAGCUGGUGUAGAGGAAGAAGACGACAAAGAAGAAGAGGAGGAGGAAAGAGGGGGCAGAGGAGCAGGGGGGGAGUCGAGUGUCGCUGUGUGGAAGGAAGUUUGAAUGGAUCCCCGCUCCCUGCACCCCCACCCCACCCCCCACAUGGCGUUCAUAUCAGAGCGAUGCUGUUCUCGGGAGCGCUUGCUUUUUUUGGACCAUCUCUCCCUCACCGAUCAAAAGACUGGAAAAAAAAAAUCAGCCAGGACUAGCAUGCUGUAACGGGGCGACACCACACCUACUACCCGCCUCUGACUCCGCCCCCAAAAACCAACAACUUUACUACUAUUACUACUACUACUACUAUUCUACAACUUGGGACUUCAUUACUGUACCUCCGCUGCUUUCUGACCCCUCGCCUCGUCUCUUCUCCCGAGCCCUUUGGACGGUGCGAUGCUGCCAGGCACGAGCGGAGAGGAGAGAGGGCGAGCGAGAGGAUUUUCAAACGUGACGCCGUCAAGAGAGCGGCACCUUAAAGUGGCAGUAUCAUUCUUUCUCCUUUCCCUUAUAUAUUAUCCUUAUUUAUGGUGUCCCCGUUGAUGUGCCCUGUGUGUAUUUCUUUGGUUUCUGAUUGGUUCAGGAACUUUGCUGUUCCUGUGAGAUUUACCCGUAGUGGCCAGCGAGGCUGAAGGAUUUGUUUUUUUUAAAACCAUGAGUUUUUUUCUAAGUGUGAUCGAGAUAAGGGAAUGUCUUUUUAAGGGUCUUGAUUUUGCACCGUGAUGAGUUUCGACUCGAGCUGAUGAGGAUCCGCCAACAUUAGUUGAACUUAUCAGAGAGGAAAAAUGUUGGAGCUGCUGGAGGAGUCCAAAAGUUCUCACCUGCUGACGAGAAGCUGCGACCACAGAAGAUAACAUUUUUGCAAGGAAAAAAUAACAAAACAAAAAAAAACAGUUGUAAUGCAGUAUAAACGCAGGGCGAAGCACGAGAACUCCGACUCCUCCAGCGGCGACCACCGUGUAUACGUGACAGAAAAUAUCCUACAGACAAUGUGAUACAGGUAUAUUUAUUUUAAAACUAUUUAUAGACAAAGUAAUUAUGUGCUAGCGCCAUCAUUUUUACAUUUCACACCAUUUUUAGCUGAGUAGGUUUUUAUGAGAAAAAAAAAAAAUGGAACGAGUACCUGUAGCUGUUUGAGGUGGAAGAAGCCCGGGACCUUGACUGCGGUGCAGGUACAGUGAGUGUAUUUAUUAACAGCAGAGUUUAAAGAGAAGAAGAAUGGACAGACGAGUUUACAAGGACAGGUCAUUCCAUGUGUUUCUCUCAACAAGCUGUAAAGUCUUAUAUGUUUUGUCUUUUGUCUGCCUACAACAUUGCACUGAUUUUUAGUUUGUUUUGUUGUUGUGUUGUUUUUUUUGGCCGUUUCUGAACACACGGCUCAGCACGCCGACUCUCCCGUUUGUUGACAGAGAGGAAGAGGAGGAGGAGGAGGGGCCUAUCAAACAUGGCCGACUCCAUCACUCCCUAUCUGGACCUCUCACAUCCAUCCCCUCCCCCCCCCCUGUGCAGUCGGCUCCACGUUAGCAUUAGCAGCAGCAGGAUGGACUGAAGUGUAAAGAAUGUGCAUCUGUACAUAAACAAUAUAUUUCUCUGUAAUGUUUUUCUUUUCGUCAGUGUUAGCCCCGAGGUGCUCCUUCCUUGACAAAACUUCAUUUUUUUUUUCUUUUUUUUUUUUUUUUUGAGUUUGGGGGUUUUCUUCCAAGCGAAACGCCAAGAAGAAAACCAAGUGACUAUACUCCAAGUGUAUGACUGUAGCUUUUAGUGAUGUCCGACACUGCUGUCUAUAGGCAUUUUAACCUUAACCCCCCCCUCGCCCCUGCCAGGAAACUCCACUGCAUGUACGAUGCUUGGGACAGCUGGGCUCUCGCUGUAUAUCCCCCCCCGUCAAACCCGUUUUCAUCACCAUGGUGACAGCCCGGCAAGCCACGUGUUUGUAUAUAGUGAAUGUUAAGUAUUUGCAAGUACUUUUUCUGUUCAUUUGUCCGUUGUUUUUUUUGUUUUGUUUUUUAAAUUAAAGUUGAGUUUCCUUCCCUCAAAUCCAGUGUUUAGUGGAAGUUCUUUCUUUCAGGGCGGCUGAUCUCACCGUCCUGUGCAAGUGUGUAAUAUAUCUGAAUGUUUCAUGCUUGUGGACUCUGUAGUCAUCAUAAAGGGUUUUGUUUUUUUUAUUUCUAUGUCAUAUACCGCUGGGUUUGUUAUACCACUGGAUGUACAAAUUGUAAAGCAAAGACACUAGAGAACUAAGGCAGAUGCCGACUUCUUUUUUUUUUUUUUUUUUUGGUUUUCUAAAAGCUGAAAUGUGAUCAUGCAAUAGUUUUAAGGAUAGACGGAGGUUAUAUUACAUUUAAAAGGCCUCCGGAAAACUUUUUGGGCCUCAUGUUUGCAUCAUCAGAAGAGGACGGUUAUGUCGUCAUUUCACCGAUCAUUCCCCCAGACUCACAAAACGAACCACUGAUGUCAUUUCUGCCCUAAAAACACAAAAAACAGCAGCUCCUCUUUUGGAGGUCAAAGGUUUUUACUUGGUUGUAGAUAUCAUAUCAGUACCCGUGACUAACUCCUUGUGUUGUAAUAAUGCCUUCAAGGUGAUUGGACGAGGGUUUUUUUGUGUUUUUUUAGGGCAGAUUUCAGCACUCAAGCUCAACCAGGACAUGAACUCAAAGCCAUUUUCAGUCCUCACUAGUUCUUCCAGCAGCCCUUAAAAAAGUCUCUGUUCUGUCUCCCCUCUCAUCAUAAAAUCAAAUAAAAAGGAUAAAAAGCACAUUAUCAUUUCCAGUGCCUCUCUGCCCACCUCCAGACAUCACUGUUACUCCGCUUCAGAUGUAAACAUAUGGGCAUGGUUCAGUUUUAAUGGCUUUAAUAAUAAAAUACAGUCAAAUGUGAA